GGGGAGCUGGUGUUGUCGUGUGUGUGUGUGUGUGUGUGUGUGUGUUUACUCCUGACCCUGGCAUCUAUUUUCUAUCUGUCAGGCCCAUUAGUCUGGGCCUCAUGUCACUCACCCGGUGGUGUCUGGUUGUGAAAGAUGUCAUCCAGAAGUGGGCGGACGGGGUGUUUUCCCUCUUCUCAUGGCUUCCAGGAGAGGAGAGGGGUGGCCUUUCCCCCAGGGGCAGUCUGUGGCAAUGAGACAGCCAGGCCUCACCCCAGCAGGGCUGUGCGUGACCCCCAGGUGGGGGAAGGAAAAGCUGUUGCUAUGGUGGCCUGUGCAAGGCGAAUUCCUCCAGGGUGAAGUGGGAGAUAUUUAUACCCAGGGUCAGGCAGAGAGCGGGCGGGCGGCCGAGGGCAGGAGAGCUGGGAUUUUUGCUGGACACAGCGAGGCCGUGCUGUGCAGCAGGUGGGCCGCGGGCCUGCUCUGCUGUCACGCAGAGUGUCUGUAUCUCCACCUGUGUGAAGCGGCAUCCUGCUCUCCCCUGUCAAGGACAAUGGUGUCUCUUGGCCAUAUCUUGGUUCUCUAUAUGGGUCUCCUCACCAUGGCUAACGCAGAGGCUUCACAGGAAUAUGACCCAUUCACCUAUGACUACAGAUCCCUGCGGAUCGGCGGCCUGAUCAUCGCCGGGAUCCUCUUCGUCCUGGGCAUCCUCAUCGUCCUCAGCAAAAGAUGCAGGUGCAAGUUCAACCAGCAGCAGAGGACUGGGGAACCUGACGAAGAGGAGGGAACUUUCCGCAGCUCCAUCCGCCGUCUGUCCAGCCGCAGGCGAUAGAAGCACCUGGCGCGAUGGGCCGCGGCCAGGUCCUGCAGCUCCGACCCCGCGGGUGCGGGAGCGUGCAGGAGGGGCCGGGCGCCGGGAGCCAGGGCGGCGCGGAGCAGCGCUGGGGGCCGCGCACCCUUUCCACCGCACAGGAGUCCCCGGGCACCCGACGCCUCCCACUCCCCACCUGAGCGCCCACCGCCACCUCGACUGCCUCCUUCCCCAGCCCUGCCCCCACCGGCUCCCAAUAAAACGCGCUUUUCUCCCUUGACA